AUGUUGACCGAACAACACGAGCGUCUGAAGAGAAUCAUCUUCAUCUACUAUCGAAUCUGGCGUUGUGAAUUCAUUCCAGACUUUGGAUUUGACACCAUUAAGAGGAUCAGGACGGCCGUUUAUCCUGUAAAUCUGGCCUUCGGGAUGUUCUGCGUGGUUUGGCAUUUUGCUGUGCAGAUGACAGAUUAUGGCUAUGAUUUGGCACUCACAAUUGUGUACUUCUUCGCCAUUUAUCAGUGUUUCAUGGUGUAUUCGGAAAUUAUGGUGAUUCAUCGCAAGAAGAUCUUUGCCAUGUUGGAAUUCUUUGAAACAUGGCUCAAGUCCUGUGAGCCUGUGAUUGGUGAUGUGAGGAGAAAGUAUUUGCUGAUCAAUACGAAACUUGGCAUCACUUGGACCCGGAUUUUCCUCAUCUUCAUCACUUUUGUCGGCAUCAGCGUGAAUUCCUUCCAUCUCUACAUCUCCAAGUAUUCGGCGCCGAUGCUCUUCACCAUUCCAGGAUUACCGCAAGAGAGCAUCUUCUACUAUCCUGUCAACGUGGUUUAUGGCACUGUGCUCUACUUCUCCAUUCUGGAGUACAUCAUGAUUGCCGAUGCUGUGGUCAUGAUAACAAUUCUCUACUUCAGAUCUGAAUUCUACACACUUGCUGAGUUUGUCACGCAACUCAAUGAUCCCAACAAGGCUUCGAGUGUCCUGAGAAUCACUCAUGAGACUCACAAGAUCGCCCUGCAGAAGGUGAAGGAGCUCACAAAGUCCUUCUGGCAUUUGUACUUUCACAAACUCUUCGCCAUCAUGAUCUACCUCUGCUGCACUCUCUACAUCUUUCAAUCCCUCAGCGCCUCCAUCUUCAUCGCCGUCCUCAUUGUGGGCGCCAUGACGUCACAGAUCUUCAUCCUCUGCUUCUUCGGCCAGGUCAUUGAGAACAGCUCAGAAUUGCUGUACAAGAACUUCUGCAUGACAAAUUGGUAUGAGAUGAAGUUGAAGGAUCAGAAGGACUUCUUGAUGCUGCUGAUCAGCAUACAGAAACCAGUCAGAAUUGAGACCUUUGGCUUCGGCAACAUUUCCAUCUACACCUUUGUCCAAAUCUGCAAAGCAGCGGGAACUUAUGCCGCCAUUCUCUACACCGUCAUCAACUGA